UUUUAAAUGAAAGCUACCUACGACAUCAUCCCUUCAGAUUCCUUAAUCCAAUUGAUUAAUUCCUCUUAUGAACUUGAUCAAAUGACAAACAAAUGGAUGUUUGGAGAGGAAGAUCAUCAACAAGUUUCCCCUCCUCAUCAUGAUCAAAUAAGGAAGUACAGACAAAUCGACAAACAUAAUGAGUCAAUCAUAAAUAAUAACAAAGACUUAUUUAAUGUAAACUAUUCUAAAAGUGUAUAUGUUAAUAAAAUAAACUCUUUGAUCGAAAUCGCCCCCACUUGCUAAGAAUCUUCUUUGGCAAUUAAAAAAGAGUAAUAUAAAAUAAUAUACAAUAUAGAUAAAAGACUUAUCUUAAAACAAAGAAAUAGUUUGACAAAGAUAAUGUGUACUAUCAAGAGGAACACGGCUUCGAUGACAGCAACAAAAUUAAGCUGGCUAAGAACAGACAAUCUGCAAGAGACUCAAGAAAGCGCAAGAAAAUAUAUGUGGAACUUCUUGAAUUAAAAGUAGCCGAAUUAAGCAAACAAAUUGAAGUUCUCCAAAAAAACCUUGACCAACAGAAUAUAUUCAUAAAUCACUGUGUCAAGAUACCCUCUCUUGUAAUAUUCUUAAUUCACUAUAAUUAGAUAUCCGAUUUUAAUUUAAGUUAUUAAAACUAAUUCUAAGUUCUCAGUUAGAACAUCACAAAAAAGCAAUUGUAAAUUUUGGAUGAUGAAUUUGGCGUCAAUUCCGAGAAAAGAGAUUAUCUAUGUAAUAUCAUUUUUAAUACUCUGGUUGAUCAUAUCUUGCCAUUCGAUUUAAAAAAAACAAUUGAAACAGCAAUUAAUAGUAAUUAAUCAUACAAUCCUAUUAGAUCUUGGCGUCUUCAAAGUAGGAGAACAAUAGGAAAUCAAGCAAUUGAUCGAAUUCUAACAAUAGUUCACCUAAAAUUAUAAAAAAUUUGAACUGUAAUCAUUUUCAUUUAUUCUUAAAUAGAGCUGCCUUUGAUAUGGCUAAGUCUUAUGAGUACAUAAAGAGAGAGGCAGAAAAACUUGAAAAGCUCAAACAUUAGAUGGUCUAGCUUUUGGGACCUCAAAAAUAUGUCAAAAAUAUUCUUGACAUUCAACAAUUACAGCAACAAUAGAUUAUAGUCAAAGAAGAAGAUAUCAACUAGAAAGGUUAUACAAAAUAUGAAUUAUGAACUCGAUUAAAAUUUAUCUAUAUUUUUU